CGAAGACUACCAGCCUCCUCAGUUUUUUUUUUUUCAGUUUCUGCAACAAACACGCAAUCCCACACGACGUGAAAGAGAAGCAGAUCAAUCCCCCGAACCGCCCUUUUGUUGCUUGCACGAUCUCUAAAAGAAAAAGGAAACAUAGCAGAUUGAAGAGAAGGUAUUAUCUUAGUAGUUCUUAGUGUUGAUUCAUCACCACAACAGUUUUCAUUGUUCUUGUUGUAGGUUGAGAAGUUUGAAGAUUUUAGACUUCCCAAGACUUUUUUUUUUUUCCUGAAAAAGAGCAAACUAGAUAUUGGAUCAUUAGUUUCUUUCUUAAAUUUCUUAUUGGUCGCAUCUUGUGACUAACAAAGAAAUAUUAUAAAAGAAAUGGAAGAGGCUAUUGUCUCAGUGUCCCCUGAGAGGAUUAAGCCAGGUGGUGGGAAUCUGAGAAGGAAUUCAACGGGGAAAACAAUUACAAGAUCUUCGCUGUCUUCUUCAAACAGUGAACAAAAGGUUCUCCCUCAUUAUCUGAGAGCUUCUACGAGUUCCUGCCACGAUUUCUGUAAAUAUGGAAGGAAACAUGCUUUUGAAGCAAAGGAAAAGCGUCCCAUCACUCGUACAGUUGUAAGAAAUACGGAAGCCUCCCUUGAAGGCCAAAAUCAGAUAAAAACCGUAAAUUUGGGGGAGAGAAAAAAGAAGCCAGUGAUGAAAGGCAUGGUUGCAUCUGAGCCAAAAGCUGAAUCAUUUGAUAAACCCAAAGUCACCAAGAAAAAGGUUCUAUCGCCUGUUAAGAAAAUUGAGAUCUUGGCCAAACCUGCUAUUGUGUUGAAGCCAAAGCCUACGCCUAUGCAAAAGCCUACGCCAAAGCCAAAGCUUGCAGUAGCUAAAGUAUCAUCAUCCCCGUCAAAUGUUUCAAGAGUUGGUCUUAAUGCUAGAAGAAACAGUGAGACUAAUGCAUCAAAUGCUUCAGGAGGUUCAAUUGGUAGGAGCAGCGAGAAGAAACCAUUGCAUACUUCAGGAGGUUCAAUUGGUAGGAGCAGUGAGAAGAAACCAUUGCAUACUUCAGGAGGUCUGAAUGGUAUGAGAAACAGUGAUAGCAAGAAAGUCAAGAACAUGGGAUUGCCAAAACUCUUACAGAAGAAGGAAUUGAAACCACCAGUCACUUCUUUGUCCCCCAAACCUUCUGCUAUAAGUCUUGCAAGCUUAAAACCAUUAAAAUAUGGGAACUCAAAAAUGGCCUCUCCUGUGAAUAAUCAAGGCAAGUUUAGAAGAUCCGAACCCAACUAUGAUGAAAUCAAGGAAAAGACUUUAUAUGUCAUUGAGCCAGAGCCAGAAAACAGCAGCCUGGAACCUGUUCGACAAGAAAGUCACAGUGACCAAUCAUCACCUCAGCCAUCAUUAUCAUCACCAUUGUUUCCUUCCGUGCCAUCGUCACCCUUGCUCUCAUCACAUGAAGAAGAAGAAGAAGAGGAAGAUGAAGGAGAGGAAGGAGAAGAGGAAGAAGAGAGUGCAGAGUCUGACUCUACACUUGGCGAAGCAGAAGACUCUGAUUCUGAAUGGCAAGGGACUGAAAACAAGAACCAUGUUGAGAUUUUGAAAGGGGGACAGAAGAGACUGAGUAGUGCAAUGAUUCACCCUGAAGAUAAAGAUUGCUCUCCACAGAAACUAAAGUUCAGGAGAGGGAAGGUGAUCAGUCUCCAGUCAGAGAACAAUGGCCCCAGAAAACUCAGAUUCAGGAAAGGGAGAGUGGUGGGUGAGACCCCGAACGGCAAGGCAGAAGUCGGAAGGAGAAGCUUUAGAAGGAAGAGAGAUUUAGGUGGUGACUCAAAUGGUACAGAUGCUGAAGCUCGAACUGUUGUGUUGAGGCAUCAAGAUGUGCAGGGAAGGAAAGAAGAGCAAGGGUUGUUGAAUGAGGUGAUUGAAGUAACUGCAAGUAAGCUUGUUGAGACCAGGAAAUCCAAGGUCAAGGCAUUGGUCGGUGCAUUCGAGACUGUAAUCUCUCUCCAAGAAAGCAAACCUGCUACUGCUGGUUGAUUACUUGACGAGUUGCGGUCCUUUCUAAUGUAGGUAAAUCUUUUGACUUUUUUAUGCUUUCUUUUCAUGAUGGUUGGAACGUUUGGAUACAAGACUGCCAUGCCUCGGCUUGUAAAAAAUAACUCAAAAUAACCCAAGUGUGGAAGAUUGGAUUUUUACAGUUGUAUGAAGUUGGAAAACGGUGAAAAAGGCAUGUGGGUAUUUUCAUGGGAGCUUGGAUGGAAGGAUUUCAGCAGUUUGUGCAGUACUGUUGGCAAUGCUACAUCUGUUGCUCAUCUGACGUUUCUUCUUCUUCUUUUUCUUCUUUUCUUCUCUUUUUUUGGACUGAUGUGAUUCUUCUCAUACUGUAUUUAAUUGAUCAACAUGAAUCUGUAUCUAGACUGAGCUUAUACUAAUAAAUAAUCUAGUUUUGUGUUGCUUC